GUUAUGUCUUUUUCCGAUAAGAUUUUUCAUUUUCUCCGCAACCAAACAAAAUCCAUCUCUCCACAAUAUUCGCAUUACAAUUUCUUCUUCAUCACCAAAACAAAAAAUGUUCACUAACAAUCUCUAAGUUCACCGGAAUCUGACGUCAUCAUAUGGCUACUCUUUUGCCGUCACCGGACAUUUCUUCCUUCUCCGCCGGAAGAAUACACCUAAACAAACUGGUGUUACGAAGAAGAGUUGUUAAGGUCUGUUCGAGUGUGAAGGAUUUGGAGGAUGUUGGAUUGUUGUACGGACAGUUUUCUGCUCCGUUGAAGGUUAAUACGAUGUCGUCUUCAAAACUUGAUAAGGAGGAAGAACAGAAGAGGAAUUACUAUCUGAAUACCGGUUCUGCUAUUCGGAUUCUCAGAGAAGAGUUUCCAGCGCUAUUUUAUAAGGAGCCAAACUUUGAUAUCUACAGGGAUGAUAUAGUCUUCAAAGACCCCCUCAACACCUUUACUGGCAUUGAGAAUUAUAAAUCGAUCUUCUGGGCCUUACGAUUUCAUGGCAGGAUAUUCUUUAGGGCUUUGUGGAUAGAUAUUAUUAGUGUAUGGCAGCCUGUGGAAGGCAUGAUCAUGAUCCGAUGGACUGUUCAUGGCAUUCCCCGUGUUCCAUGGGAGAGCCGUGGACGAUUUGAUGGCACUUCAGAGUACAAACUAGACAAAGAUGGAAAGAUUUAUGAACACCGCGUUCACAACAUUGCACUAAAGGGACCCCCAAAGUUCCAUGUACUUGCUGUACAGGAAUUAAUUGGAUAUAUUAGCCACCCCUCAACACCAAAGCCGACUUUCUUUAAGAUUUCAUUCCCUUACUUUGGUAACACAAUGCCAUUGGCGAAAUUUGCAGAUACAGACAUCGCCUUGGUUCAAUUUUCAGCCUCUGUUAAAGAGAGGUGAAGAGGAAAAUCACAGCGAGAAACAGCAUUGUGACAAAGUGCUAUAAGUUUUGAUCAAUCCUCGCGGUGGGUUGCAACAUGCAUCAGAACUAUAGGUAUUUAUUCAUAUACAUUAUAUAUACAGCGUUUUCAGGAUCAGCUCAACGUAUCUGGAGUUCAUUCUCAUCUUUCUGGGCUUUGCUUAUCAGUGUUUUGUUCUUCAUUUUUAACUCCAGCUACUGCCUUGGGCUAGAAAAUUUUACAGGUGUAUAUUUUUGUAUAGUAUAUCUUACUACUGAGUUUGCAGUUAUUAUCUGGCUGAAUAUGUUCAACAGAAUUUAUAAUGAAAUAUUUCCCUAUAUAGAAAUUUGUGAUAUCCAAACUCAUAAAAUAGUUUUGGAGA